AUGGGUCUCUUGUCGUCGUUUGCCUCCACCAAAAACGUCCAAGUCUACGCCCUUCCAACGGGGUGGGUACAUCUGCCCGACAAAUGGCUGUUUGAAGAUGGCGACGACGAUAUUAAGAAAGCACGAGAUCGCUUUCCAGACUAUAGUUUCCUCGUAUGCCAUCCAUCGGGAAAAAAGAUUCUAUUUGAUGCUGGCAUGCCAAAGAAUCUAGAUGUUAUCCCACCUCUCAAUCGAGCUAUUGACCAUAUCUUCGAGCCUCAUGUUCCUAAAGAUGUACGCGAUCUGCUUUCUGAAGGCCCAAUCUCGCCAGACUCGAUCAGCGCCAUCAUAGUCAGCCACAUUCACUUCGAUCAUAUUGGCGAUCCCUCUACAUUUCCCGGUAUCCCUUACAUCACAGGACCCGGGACCAAGGAGGCCGCAAUGCCAGGAUACCCCACUGACCCGAAUUCCACGAUGCCAGGUUCGCUCCUCAACCGUGACAAUUACACGGAGCUGAACUGGACGGAUGACAAAUGGACUUCCCUGGGCCCCUUUCCGCGCGUCCAUGACUUCUUUGGCGAUGGAAGCUUCUUCGUUGUCGACACCCCGGGCCACCUCCCAGGCCAUGUCGCCGGAUUAGCCCAGACAAAGCCCGACGAAUGGGUCAUCUUGGGCGGCGAUUGCUGCCACCACCGCAGUCUGCUUAAUGGCAGCCGCCAAGUCAGUCUGACGGGAUGUCCCGGCGGAACCAGCAUGCACAGAGACACGGCCGAGGCCCUCAAGUCUAUUAAGAAGCUCAGGAAGCUUGACCAGGAUGAUACUGUCUUUGUAGCGCUUUCGCACGAUACCACGUUGGAGGGCAAGAUGCCAGAGUAUCCUAAAUCCUUGAAUGGGUGGCGAGAGUCAGCAUGGUGGGAUUCAAUGCGUCAGGAGAGGAUACAAUCUACAGUGGUGUGA